AUGUUGGCCCUUCAACGGUCUAAGGACCUUAAAGUCUUGUACAACCAGCAGCGUGGUGAACACGCAGUGACCACCGCCCCGGCCACUACCAGUCCCGAGCUUCCUCUCGGCAAGAGCGUCCACCAGGACCAGAUGCCUCUUCGCGCGGCUGGCAAUAAUGUUGUUCAGAAUGCAGGCCCGACGAACUCGCCGCAGGAAUGGGUCAGGGAGAAUGCGCAGCAUCUCGUCGAUGCUGUUGUUGCUAAGAAGCCAAAGUCCGACAGGGCCAUUGAUGCGGCCUUCUUCGAGCAAACCGAGAUCUCGGAUUCUCCCGACGUCGAGACGAACAUGAAGUAUGUCCAGGAGGGGCAUGUGCGCUACUAG